GCAGUGACUACCGCAAUUGACACAAGCACGGCGCCCAUUAUUCAAGGUCAAAAUGCCGAAAAAAUUAUCGUACUUCAAUUUGAACGGUCUUGCCGAACCCAUAAGGUACAUUCUUCAUUACACCAAUCAAGAGUUUGAGGAUGUUAGAUACGAUGUGUACAGUUGGCCAGACCCGAAAAUUAAAGCAAGUCUUCCCUAUGGUCAGUUCCCAGUAUACGAAGAAGAUGGCCGUGUUCUUACUCAAAGCCUGGCCAUCACCAAGUAUGUGGCAAGAGGAACAGAUCUAGUACCAACUGACCCUUGGGAUAAUGCUUUCAUAGAGAGUGUCGUAUUCUCCAUCAUGGAUUACUGGAAAAAUGUCGUGCCAACUGUGAGAGAACCCGAUCCAGCAAAAUACACAGAAUUAAGAAAUGAAAUAAUCGAAAAGAACAUUCCAUACUACUUCUCAAGAUUUAACAAACAUUUAGAAGAUAAUGGUGGAUUUUUGAAUGGCAAGCUCUCCUGGGGUGACUUCGUAUUCUGUGGGGUGAUUGAAGCCAGCGACAUGUUUCUGGGCAUCGAAUUGAGCAAGGAUUAUCCAGCUGUUGGUACUUUGGUGCAACACAUCAGGAAUUUACCGGGAGUGAAGGAGUAUGUCAAGGCUAUAGGACCCUACACCAUUGACCUUGCUAGAUUUAAGUACAAGAAAUGAAGUGUUUUUAUAUAUAAAUAUUAUACGAAUUGUAUCCAUGUUCAAGGAGAAUAAAAUAUGAAAAAUGA